UUGACGCUCGCCCGAAUGUCAAAAAGUCGUAAUAAAACCCCGACACGAAUUAUCGCGAUACAUUCGUAUAUUUUACUCAAAUUCUUAUUAAAAUCUAAUUAAAAUACAUUAUAAACUGUAAAUAGUCGUUGCCGUGACCCGGUUUGGUGUAUUGUACGUGGGAAAUCAACGCUAUCAUGUGGGGAUAUGUUUUCCCUCGGGGCAAAGAGCCAUUUUAUCAAUUCGUGCAUUUACUUCUUUUCUGCUGACUUGAUAAAGGCGUGACGUGUAAAGUGCAAUAAGUUUUACGCCUUAGCCCAAUUUGAAACAAAAAGGUAACCAUGACGGAAGAGAAACCAGACAUAAAAAAGUUGGAGAUCGAAGUUGGAGAGUCAUCUAUGUCUCAACUGCGGCCGCCCGACCCGUCAAUGCAGUUGAAAGAACUGAAAGAGGAAAAGAAAGUCUUCAAAUUCGUCAGUGUGAACAGCGAAGUGCUCACAGACGAACAAAGGGAAAUGUACGAGUCUGUACUCUCCACCUGGAAACCUGUUAUGUUCCCAAAAAGAACUAAACAGUAUAUCUGCAUAAAAUGCAACAAAGAAUUCAAAAAUUACCAAAACCUGUACCUUCACACUACUAGGGUACAUUCAUCAGAAGAGUCCGCGGUCAUGUGCGAUAUCUGCGAUAAAACAUUCAAAAAUAAACACUAUUUGUACAUGCAUAGGAUGAAUAAACACUAUUCGGAAGACGAGAAAUGCUACUGUCAGUUCUGUCUCCAAGAAUUCAGGACGAGUCGAGCGCUCCACAUGCAUGUGAAGCGGAUUCAUCCAAAUACCCUCCCUGAGUUAAAAUGUCCAGAGUGCGGGAAAGAGUUUUCGGUUCCUUACAAACUAAGGUACCAUAUAGACGCGUGCCACCGUGCGGACCAGGAUAAAUACAAGUGUCACAUCUGCCAGAAGUUAUACAAAAGUCACCUGAAUUUAAACAGACACCUCCAUUUUCAGCACUCGCAAGUUGAAAGACACAAGUGUGUCUUCUGCGACAUGACGUUUAAGUCUCGGCACCACAUGAAACGGCACAUCUUAAAUAUCCAUCCGCCGUUAGAAUCCAAAGUGAGUUGUCCUGAGUGCUUGAAAGAGUUCAAAAACGACCAGUAUUUGAAAGAGCAUAUGCAAGUCCAUUCGUCUCUUGAUACGAAAGUGAAAUGCGAUCUGUGCGACAAGUUCUUCCAUUCGGCGAUCCGUUUGAAGAAGCACAAAAAGAUCGUUCACCCGUCAAAACCUAAGAUGCGUUGUGAAAAGUGCGACAAGGAGUUUGCCCAUGCGCACUAUUUGCGACGUCACAACAACUCUGUUCAUAUGGAGGUAGACGAAACAAAAUACGAGCAUGAGUGUGAGCAGUGCGGCAAGAAAUUUAAACUUAAACGAUAUUUAAGCAAUCACUUACAGAGACAUGAGCAGCAGCAUUUGAAAAGAAUAUCCCAAAUGGUCAAAACGGUUAUGACGGAAGACGGGAGGGAAGGGGAUAAGCCGAAGAAAAAACCCGCGAGGCCCAAACGAGAGGCGAUUGAGUUUAUCAAAUGUGAACCCGUUUCGAGCUCAGACUCCGAGUCUGGAGAAACUGAGUCGGAUUCUGAAUAGAAAGAAACUAAGAAUCGAUGAUUACGUCAAAUUUGAGCUUGGCGAAAGUACGUUUAAGCCGAUGGUGAAUAAUGCUACAGUUUUAACACGGCUAAAUCAUUUUUGGGCGGUAUUUAUCGCCUCUGUAAGACUAUCUGGGAAAAAUUUUCUACUCGCUUUUGUUAGUGGUAGGGCUUGUUCAAAGUCCUCCUGGCUAGCUACCACCAUCUUACAACAAUGUUAACAGCAUUGUUGCUGACUAAACUGUUCCUCUAUGAUUGUGGAUUACACAAUGCCUUUUUUGACGUAUCCAUCAGAUUCUUUGCAAGUUCAAUUAUAAAUAUAAUUAUGUUAUAUUGUUCCAAUACAUUUUAAAUACUUGACAGGUGAUAAUAAUAUUUCUUUAAACACAAAAAAUACUUUAGACAUAUUUGGUGGGAUGGGUCGAUACCAUUAUACGAUUAUAAUGGUGUAUAUUUCUAUUCAUCUUACGCGGGGCGUGAGAUAGCGAAAGGCCCACGCACUCCCCGCGCUCGGUUC